GAAACGAGUAGGUGACGUCAGUUCCCCCUUCGCAUAGAGCGAAACAAACAUGGCGAUAGACUCGAGUGGACGGAGGUUUACGCUAACUUUAUUCGUCUUUUCUUGUGUUUUUGCGGGCAGGCAGGCCGAGGAGGUGCUGGCGGAGCCGAGAGUCACCCCCCGGAUACUCGGCAUGAGGCUGGAGAACAGCAAGACUCCGGCUGGGACCACCGAGAGAGGGGUUAUUCAGGUGACCGAGGGCAGCGACAUCCAAUUCAGGUUCUACGGGCUCGACUUGCGCCCGAACACUUCGCGACUCAUCAAGUUCAUAGAAAUUUACUCCAGCGAUAAAGAGGAUGAUGAUUUCGGCACGGUUAUGUCCCCCUUCAAUAGGACUUGUCCCGAACUCACCAAGGAUAUAGAAGUAAAGGGGUCCAUGGUGGUUACCAACCAAAACACCUCCGGGGUGGUCAGCCUCCGGAUCAAGCAGCUCCGCAAGAGCGAGGUGGUGAAGGUGUUCGGCUUGUGCGUCCGUGACCCCCUGGAGAAGGAGGAGACGUGGUACCUGCUGGAUGACCAGGACGGCAGAGUGCGGGUGGUGGAGGUGGCGAAGUCGUUGCUGCCCAUCUGGUUGCAGGUGAUCCUCAUCUCCUUCCUGCUCGUGCUGUCCGGCAUGUUCAGCGGACUCAACCUGGGGCUGAUGGCGCUGGACCCGAUGGAGCUGCGCAUCGUGCAGAGCUGCGGCACCGAGAAGGAGAAGAAAUACGCACGGAAGAUCGAGCCCAUCCGCAGGAAGGGUAACUACUUGCUGUGCUCGCUGCUCCUCGGGAACGUCCUGGUCAACACCACUCUUACCAUCCUCCUGGAUGACCUCACCAAGUCCGGGGUCGGCGCUGUGGUCGCGUCCACAGUUGGCAUCGUUAUUUUUGGCGAGAUCGUCCCGCAGGCGCUGUGCUCCCGGCACGGUCUGGCAGUCGGGGCGAACACCAUCUAUGUCACCAAGCUGUUCAUGCUGCUAACUUUCCCUCUGUCGUGGCCCAUCAGCAAGAUCCUGGACUGCGUCCUGGGCCAGGAGAUCGGUACCGUGUACAACCGGGAGAAGCUGGUGGAGAUGCUGAAAGUCACCGAGCCGUACAACGACCUGGUGAAAGAGGAGCUCAACAUGAUCCAGGGCGCGCUGGAGCUCAGGACCAAAACGGUGGAGGAUGUCAUGACGCCCAUCAGCAACUGCUUCAUGAUCCACAGCGACGCCGUGUUGGACUUCAACACCAUGUCGGAGAUCAUGGAGAGCGGAUACACGAGGAUACCUGUGUACGAGCACGAGCGGUCCAACAUCGUGGACAUCCUGUUUGUCAAGGACCUGGCCUUCGUUGACCCGGACGACUGCACCACACUCAAGACCAUCACCAAGUUCUACAACCAUCCGGUGCACUUUGUCUUCCACGACACCAAGCUGGACUCCAUGCUGGAGGAGUUUAAGAAAGGAAAAUCCCACCUGGCCAUCGUCCAGAAGGUGAACAACGAGGGGGAGGGAGAUCCCUUCUACGAGGUGUUGGGGUUGGUCACCCUUGAAGACGUUAUCGAGGAGAUCAUUAAGUCAGAGAUUCUGGAUGAAUCGGAUCUUUACACUGAUAAUCGCACCAGGAAAAAGGUGGCGCCCAAUAAGAACAAGAGAGACUUCUCUGCCUUCAAACACGAGAGUGAAUCAAAAGUGAAGGUCUCUCCUCAGCUGCUGCUGGCCGCCCAUCGCUUCCUGGCUACAGAGGUGAGCCUGUUCAGCCCGUCUCAGAUCUCAGAGAAGGUGCUGCUACGAGUCCUGCGCCACCCCGACGUGAUCCAGGAGAUCAAGUUCAACGAAAGCGACAAGCGCUCGCCCCAUCACUACGUCUACCAGAGGGGCAAGCCCGUCGACUACUUCGUUCUCAUCCUGCAGGGACGAGUGGAGGUGGAGGCCGGCAAUGAGAACAUGAAGUUUGAGACUGGACCUUUCUCGUUCUACGGUGUCAUGGCGCUCAGUGCUCCCACACUGGUGGCUGCACCUCGUCCUCGUCACCUCUCCUUUAAGAGGUUUUCUCUGUUCUCUCGGUUGCCAGGUAAAACAGUUUCCUAUGACUCACUGAGGCCCCCUGCUGGAAGACUCACACCUACUGAGUUUCGUUCGCCGUCCCACCUCAGCGGGUUGAACCGUACUGCCUCUCUGAGCGGAGCUGACCGGUCGGAGUCGCUCUCCGUCAGUGGCAGCAACAGCCAGCUCAACAACAGCAUCCCCUCGCAGCAGUACACACCCGACUUCUACGUCCGAGCUCUCAGCGACUUGCAGUUUGUCAAGAUCACACGUGCCCAGUACCAGAACGGCCUGAUGGCGUCCCGUCUGGACAGCACGCCCCAGUCCCCAGAGAGCGGCCACAACACGAUCCGCCUGGAUCAGACCACUCCCCCCGCCACCGCCAACACCACCAUCACAGACCUGGGAGCGGACUCCACUCCGACGGAGAACGGACCGGAUGAGACAACGCUCCUCCUCCUCAACGAGCAGAACUCACCGCACACAGCCAACCACCACAGCCAGCUGGAGAACAGCAUUUGACGCCCCGCCCCCCUGGCCCGACCCCCUCCAUACUCUUUGCACGCAUGCACUACUACGCUCGAAUGUAUGCUGAGGAGGGGAGGAGUGUGUGUGUGUUUGUGUGUGUGAGUGGGAAUGCAGACACACUGACAUAAAGAGACAAGCCAUGUGCGUGCAUAUUUUGUAAAUAUGCAGCGAUUAAACACACACACACACACAUGCACACGUUUCCAUCGUAAACAGACUCACCACAAACCCAACACUCACCUAUGGUAGUUCAUCGACAGAACAGAGUGUCUGUACAUGUGUCUGUACGUGUGUGUGUGUGUUUGUAUGUGUUUGCACAUGCUCCUUAAUGUAUUAACUGACGACAAAGAUCUGAAGGACCUGCUUGUCUGGACCAGGAUGCUCCUCCCUCUCAUGCCCAUCAACGUUUUUCAGAGGCCUCGCUGAUUUGCGAACCUCCUCCUCUGUGUGUGUGUUUUUAAAUGUGUAUGCGUGUGUUGCUUCCAAUCACUGUCCCUAAUCAGAGACUCAGGGAGACUCCGCCCUCUUCCUCCUCCUCCUCCUCCUCCCCUUUGCCGACGUACAUACAACAUACAUGCAAGUGUGGUCCAACCCGAAAGCCGCAAACCAAACCCACCGCCGCAUGUGUAGCAACCCGCGUCCCCUCCUCACCAUCCAUACAGCUAGAAGACAAAGACGACCCGAGCAUGUCAGCGGAGUUCAAACAAAGUAAUAUAUGUUCCGUAGAAAUUUAUAGUGAGAUAUUUAUUGAUGAAUUCUGUGUGAGACGGACUCGUGUUUCGAGGGGGGAGGCUUUGAGGUGGAUUUCUUUUAUAAAAAUUUUUUUCCUUCUUGUUUCCUGGAUAGAAGCAGUAAGUAGCCGAGAGCCUUUAUCCCAGAGUUGUUAAGAGAUUUAGCAGCGAUAGACAGCCAGUCUGUAUCGUGAUUAAGACAAUCAAUAUGAUGAUUAUGAAUGUGUUGAAUUAAAUGUGUAGGGUACGUUAACUGUGGCCCCCCUCAUGCUCUCAAACAGACUCCUCUCUGUGAAAGGUUUUCUUCCCCGGUGCCUCGAUUUUUAGUUUCACCCACGACGGAUCUGAAAAGGCAGGUCGUGCAUGAGGUGGUAGACGUUUGAGAGCACUUUGAAUUGGCAAGCCCUUUCCUGCUUUGUAAGCGAGGGGUGCGUGUGUGUGUUUGUGUGUGUGUGUAUGUGACCAAAAUGGCCGUCACCAGACUUGGUGGGAACAGAAACCACAAGAGGGAAGCUUGAUCACAUUCUGACUAGAAUAUACUUUAAGAAAUCUGAGACUUUAUUUAUUGAGUUCGAUACGUGUGUGUACAUAUAUUAUUGUCGAUGACGGGGGAGGAGAAAUGAGAUUUUUAUUUUUGCCUCAUUGUGAGAUUUUACAUGUUAAAUGUCAUUUUGCAUUCAGUGGUUAUGUUUGGGUUUCCUUUUUUGUAAAUCAUUUUGGGGGAAGGGGGUCACUCCGAACAGCAAACCUUAUUGUUGUUUGUAUUUUUGCAGCCAAACACACCGCUCAGCCCCGACAUCAGCCAAAUUUUUUUUUCUGUUAUCAUGGGAAACAAUGUUGUAUAUUUUCUAAUCAUCACAAUGCAUGUUUUUUCACAGAACCGCACACACUCCAGAUAUAUUUUACUGUAACUUCUGAGGAGAUUUUAAAGGAAAAAUCUUUCCUGAAACUCUUAAAUGUCGUGUCUUGUGACAGAUUUUUUUCUUUGCCUGAUUCCUAGCAGAACCACAGUGGUGUUUCAUAGAUUUUGUUUUAGUGAUGUACAACAUGAAACAUAAGUCAUUCAUCAGGUUUUUGUGUUUGAAACCAAAGACAAACAGCUGCUCUAUUGUCUUGUUAUUUCUGCGAAGACAUCUGUGGUAGGGAUUGAGUUCCACACUAGUAACUACAUAUACCAGAAUGCAAUGCAGCCACAGGAAAAGUUGUGUUUUCAUCAUUUUCUUUGUCUUUGCUUCUGUCAGUAUCACUACUUUUUUUCACACUUAAAGGGUUGGUUCAGUUUUUUUCGACCUGGACCCUUUUCUCCUAUGUUUUCUUGUCUACGUGACAAAUAGGAACAACAAUUUUUUUAAACUGGUCAUGUAUUGAGCAAGAGAGCUGCAGUCGGAAGCGGCAAUACAGGAUGCAAUGUAACCAGUAGGGGCGUUUGUGCACUGUUAAUUUACAUCCACUAAAAGUGUUUGUUUUUGCCACUGACAGGCUCAGAUUGCUAUUUCAAGUGUCAGACAGUUUUAAAGAACAACCCGGUCUCACUCCGAAGUCGUCAAAAUUCAACGCUUGGGCGGCAUUAGACACUAACGACAACAUCGGCAUGAUUCACGUUAUAGUUUAACAGUGCUCAGUGGCAUCGGGGAAACACGGCUGGACAAGAACUAAAGUGAAGGCGGCGAAAGUCUGAGUAGGGCGGGUGGGAGAGUUGGUGGAUGGGUCCAAGAAACACCAACUUUCACCAGGGAGAGCGGUGUUCGCGUCUCGCAAGAUUAUAAAGCCAAACCUUGUUCUUUUUUUCCUACACCUAACCACGUGCGUUAGAUGGUGGAGGAAAUAAAAAUGUCAAUUUGCGGUGUUGUACCAAUGUAGUUUGUUUAUUUUGAAAGAGGCCGUAUAUAAACUGUAAAUUUCCUGUGAAAACGCAAGUUUAUUUUGGAAGAAGACAAUUCAUGUAACAGGCAGAACUUGUCGGUCACUGACCAACACACCCAGGGUACCUUGCAUGUCGUAUCUGGACGUGGAAGGUCCAUGACCAAAUGUCGCUAUUUGCCGAGGUUUGAGUGAGAAUGUGUUGUAUGGACUGGUUCCCUGCAGAUAAAUCUUUUGUUUAACCAGAAACACCCCUGAAAUCGGCGUUACCAUUUCCACCAGACUCCAUUUAAAUAAUCAGUAAUUUUAUCAUGUGAAACACACUUCAUUCAGAGUUGACAGAAACAAAAUAAAACGCACAUAAAUCAUAUUGGUUUGUCUUUCCACUGUUUCAACAUCCACCAACUCUGGUUUGGUUGAAAUAAACCCUUAAUUCACCCAGUUAUAGGUGAAAAUACGCUGGCUCAUACAUGCUAAAAUUACUGAUUAUAUAAAUGCAGUCUGUUGGAGGUGGCGAAGGUGACUUUGUGCUGGUUCUGGUUGAACAAAAUGGGUCUUACUCUUUAACAAAAAGGUCCGUCUCUGUAGGGAUCCUUUCCAGAAUAUUGUCAAACACUUAUUUAACAAUCUGAGCCUGUCAGUGGCAAAAACAAACACUUUUAGUGGACGUAAAUGGAUGUUGCGACCAUUCGCCACUGUCAGUUGUAGCAUUGUCACUCAAUACUGGACCAAUUCCUAAAAUUGUUUGUCUCAAAUAAUCACUUAGACACAUAACAUGAGAAAAUAAGGUCCUGGUUGAAUAAUACUUAACUCACCCUUGAAUACACAUAAAUCACAGGUAAAUGGGAUUCUGGGAAAUGUAGGACAUCGGGUAAACAACACAGAGUGUAGGUGAAGUGGGUUCACCAAAAACAAUUCCAUUAUAACACUUAAUUUCAGAGGCACACUGAAGAUUUCUGAGUUUGCAGACCUGGAUUUUUUUUUCUCUAAUGUUGCUGCUUUCCCAAGAUCCACAGUGUCUGAUUCUCUAUCAACAGUCUUAAAAUUCCACUUCUGUCGAUGAACAAACAGUGUAAAGUUUUGCAGAAGUAAAACUACUGAAUCUGUUGAGAUUGUACUGAAAUAUGACAUCAUCUUUGUCCUGUUUGUUUCAUCCUCUCCUCUGCAGCAAAUAUUAUUCGUUCUUGAAGAGCCUGAAACUGAUCCCUCCUGUCUUAAAAGAGGAAUUCUGAAGCACUUUUAUUUCCUUUUUCUAAUUAAUCUGAAACAAAAAGCGUGACGACACUUGGUUUCAUUUCUAUUUUCUGAUCAAUUGGCAUGACUUGGUAUUUUGAAGUUUUCACACUUGGGAAAGCGUAGAUGAUUCAGGCUCCUCUGCUGAUGUAAUUUUUUCAAACAUUUACAUAAAUUUUAGAGUUUGCCUUUCAAAUGAACACAUAAAUAUCAUUCGAAGCAGGCGUAAAGUAGCCAUGGGUGUUUAUUUAUUUUGUCCCUUUUUGUGAUGUGUUUUGAGUAUGAAACGACUUUCUGCCAAAGACUCCAGUGGUGAUGAUCUAAAGAAUAAUGAGACCAGUUGUUUUCUGGGCUGAUGCAGUAGAUCUGAGCUGCUCUGGUGUUUUGUCCUUUCAACAGUAUGCCAACGAUUUAUCUACAAGUUGCAAUUAUUUUAAUGCUUUGUCAGUUAACAUGGAGAAUACUUUAUUAAAGUCACGGUCGGUUUAUUUAACCUUAACGUUGGAGGUUGUUAUGGAGGCUUGUAACACAGUGUGCCUCACACUGCCUUAAAAACACUUCAGUUUGAGUCUGGUGUCCAGUUUACCUGAUCCUUUAAUACACUGUGGUACUGUCCAGUUUGAUUAUGUUUCAACUGGGAAAUGGUCACAGUUACAUAUACUUAAAUGUGGAGUUCAGCAACACAAAAAUCACAGCAGACUGGAUUUUUAGGAGCUUCACUGGUUGAGUUAAACCUCAGUGGGCGAAGCAAGAAUGCAGCCAAAGUUGCUUUACUAGCAAAGAGGGCAAACGAUGGAAAUGUGGUUUUAAUACAAAUAAGAUUAAAAACUAAAAUGCUGCUUUUUAGGCACUGGUAAUUUUGGGUGUCCCAGCCUGUUCUCAUCCCCAAGUCGUCUAAUACAGUCCUCUGUGUGUUGUGAACACCAAAGGCACCGUUUAGCGUCUUUUUGAGACACACCAGGUUUCAACUCACUGCAAUGUGAACCCAUCCGCAGCAGUUCUUUACACUGAGAGCAACUGACGUAAAAUGGAGAGUUAGAAAGUCCACGUAUGGCAGGAGAGAUGGGUCAAACAAAACAAGACUCAUGGUUAAUCUCCUGGGUGAAUGUGACAUUAAAUCACGCAGAGUUGUCGCGCACUGACUUCAUUUGAAAGACGUUUUUACAUCACGUUACGUUAUUGUCAUGUAAGAAAUCUACUUGUUUUAAUCCGAAACAUGAUGGUUUUUAUUUUCUAAAUCUAACCAAGUAGUUUUGUUGGCUAAACCUAACCGCACGGUUUCGCAGCACUGACCACGUGUAACAGUGUGUUUCAGCUGUGCGUCACAAAGAUACGCUAAAGGGUGCAUGUGUGUUGCUAUGAGACACCGAGGGGUGUGACAGAGCAUCGGCAUUUGACGACCUAAGAAUGAGUACGGAUGGUGUUCCGUGACAGUUCCACUGUUUUACGUUUAAUUAUCGACUUAAUUUUUUGGAUGAAUUUUCGUAUUGUAAGUAUGAAUAGAUCGUUUAUGGCAGAUUUAAACCAAAACAAACCCAAUUUAAAAUUUAAAAUGAUUGAAUUUUUCACGGGCAACUAUUGCACACUGUGUCGGCGAGUGGUUUCUAACAGCUGAUGACUCUUGGUCUGUUAGACUAGUCACUAAAACAGGCUUUUGAAAAUUAUAGCUAGCUUAGGGCUACAGAAAUAUAAGGCACUAGAGGUAGUUUAUUUCAUUUGAAUCGCCAGAAAAAAAUGUUGCCAUUGUACGUUUCUUUAAACCACGGAUACGUUACAUUUGAUCAUUAGUAUAUAGGGUAGCACUGUGGUUAGGUUUAGACAGAAAAUACACUUUGUUAUGGUGAGGUAAAGAUAAUGAUUUUGCUUAAGAUACCUUUUUUUGGUGGCACUAACCCCACUGGAAAAACACCCAUGUUUGGUGGCUAAAAAGCAGCUGGAAGCAGCAAUAACUCGCUAAAUUACAACUGGUUUUGUUGUUUGUUGGUUUCGAGCAGUGGUCUACCGAGGUGUCACGCCAUCCGCCAUCCCCUCCAACUCCCCAAAUGUUUUACAGAGUGUUUAUUUAAUUUUGAAAAGCAGCAACAUUUUCCCAAGGUUUAAAGUCCAUGUUCUUAUAUCCCAAAGAUAACUGGGCAUCUACUGUACUGGACUGUUGUUAGCAUUCAAAAACCACGGCUCCCAUGAGACUUUGAUAGCAUGCUAAUGGCUAAAGCCCCAAUUGUGCUUUUGGUCACAUAUUGACCCCAGUGUAAAUCUGAAGAUUGAAUCUAUCAUCCUGAUUUAACCUGUUAAAAUCUCAUCUAAAAAUAUAUUGUUUUAAUCUCGCCUACGUUCCAGGUGAUAAAAUCAUUGCUGGGGGCCAAAUCAAAGUUGAACUCAAAAAUUUCCACAAGCUCUGUACUGGAGGCUGUGGCUAAUUACUGAUGCACUCUGUGGAAAUAUUGGAUUUAAGGAUUGGUUUCUCCUUGAGGGAAGCAUUGCAUCAUUUCGGACAGACUUCCCUGUCUGGGAGCUCACAGAAAUACCUUAGCCUGCCUGAUGACAGGUACAGGAAAAGUCAGGUGUCUGAACAGAGGGCUUUGUGACUCAGUCAUUCAGAAAUGUUAGGAGUGCUGAGGUCACAAAUGGGACUGGCACUGGAUGACAAUCAUGGCAUACAUUGUUUUUAAAGGAUGUUACAGAUUUCAUUGUCCAGUUCAGUAGACGCGUAUUUAUCUUUCUUAUCUUUAUUUAUCUUUCUUUUCAAAAGAAAACCCAAUCUGAGAAGGUCCCACUGAACACAAAGGUAGUGAUUUUAUUUUGAAAGGUACUUGAUGUUUAACUCAACCAGCGGCGUUUCUUCUGCGACUGCACAUUGUUCUCCUUUUCGUUUUUUUCAGAGGCUGGGUUUAAGGAAGUUGACUCAGUGCGGACUCGUGUCUGGUUUAAAAAUAGAAGCACUUUAGCAAGGAAAGCAGUAUUUUCCCAAAAACCCACAAAUUUGCCAAAGCUGCCGGCUCAAGUUGACUGGUGUUCAUUCCUGAACUAUUUUUGACACACACUCUCAUUUCAAAGGACUGUCUUUGUUCAUUUUGUAGAUUUUUAUGGCUGAUUGUUGUUGUUUUUGUUUAUGUGGCCCCUCCCUCCCUCACCUGUUUUAAAUUGUACCGGGUUUGGGUUCAUUAUGUGUGUGAGUGUGUGUGUGCGCGUGAAUGCCUGUGAAUCGUAUUUUUUUGUACCUCAGAACACUGUCAGUAAUCAUGGUAAACAACAAUCUUUUUUUUUUUAAAUUUGUCAUGAAUUGAAUUUGGGAACAGAGCGAAUGGAGCGACCGACGUUCGGGGGGAGAAAUAAACUGAUUGUCCUUCAUUCUCUCUGGCAUGCUGUAACUUAAAAAAAAACAACAACAGAGAAACAAGAUGUAAAUACUGUUUUAUAAUUUCUGUCUUAAUGAGUUUUGAAGAUGAAGAAAGUUAUUAAUAAACCUGAGAUAUAUUUCUCUA